CACAGCCAAUAGAGAGUAAGCAGUGACCGUUGUCAUAGCAAAGCCCCUCCUUUUCAGACCGGUUGUGCAGGAGGAGCUCUGCUGUUGGGCAGUGUGUGUGUGUGUGUAAGGGUGUGUGAGAGUGUGUGAGAGUACAGGAGCUGAGCUGUGGAGCUCCGGCGGGGUUUCAGUGCGGAUGAACCGGGGCUGAUUACUCUCUCAGCGGGGUAAAUGCAGCUCUGCACCUGAGAGGAGAGGAGAUCAUAGAGGGGGCAGGAGAUUUUUGUCAGGAGUCAGCCAGCAUGGGGAUCUCCUCUGGACCAAAGCCAUUUCUCACAGUCGGCGUCCUCUUCAUCUUACUGUCACCAGCAACAGGUUUCAGUGCUCCAGGCCGACCAAGGGUCAUCAACUGCCGCUCACCUGAGAAGGAAACGUUCACCUGCUGGUGGGAGCCAGGAGAUGACGGUGGUCUUCCCACCACCUACGCCCUCUAUUACCGCCUAGAGGGCUCAGAGACGAUAUAUGAAUGCCCAGAUUAUAAAACAGCAGGAGAAAACUCCUGUUUCUUCAGUAAGAACGACACGUCACUGUGGGUCGACUACAACAUCUCAGUGGUGGCCAGUAACGACAUGGGCAAGAGCGUGUCGGAGCCAGUGGAGGUGGAUGUGGUUUAUAUAGUUCAGCCCAACACUCCAGAGAGUGUGAUGGUUUCAGUGCUGGAGGAUAAUCAUGGUCCUUACCUGCGAGUGGACUGGGAGAAACCUCAGUCAGCAGACACUCGCUCCGGCUGGAUCACUCUCGUCUACCAACUACGAGUCAAACAGGCCAAAGACGAGACCUGGGAGGAGUAUGAUGCCGGCAUGCAGAAGUACUACAAUGUCUUCAGUCCGCACUCCGGUAAAGAGUACAUGGUGCAGGUUCGCUGUAAACCGGACCACGGCUUCUGGAGUGAAUGGACCACUCCGGUCUACAUCCAGAUGCCCGACUACAUGCCCAAGGUGCGAUCCAUGUGGAUAAUGGUGGCAGUUAUCUCAGCCUUCCUCAUCCUCCUCUUCGCCUGGACGAUGAACGUUAAGCAAAACAGUGUGAAACACUGCCUGCUGCCUCCUGUUCCCGGACCAAAGAUCCAAGGUUUUGACCAACAACUGCUCAAGAAUGGGAAGUCAGAAGAGAUGUUUAAUGCCCUGGUCAUCCCAGGUUUCCCUCCAACCAGCACCUAUGAAGACCUGCUGGUGGAAUAUCUGGAGGUUUAUGACGAUGAAAAGCGGGAGCUGGUUCUGAACGAGAAGAACCUUAUUGAGGGUUCGAUGAAGUCCAAGAGCACGUCGUCAGACAACGACUCCGGCCGGGGCAGCUGCGACAGCCGCACUCUGUUGAUGGAGAAGUGUGUGGACGAGAGCGGAACAGAGCAGGAGCUCAGCCAGUAUGGAGAAGCAAGCUGGGCUUCUUCUGACAGUGAGGGCAGGGACAAUCCUGCUUCUCCAGGGCUGGAGGACGGUAAGGUCCAGAUGUGGCCUUCUGUUUUCUCUUCUCCACAGUCACACAACUUCCAACAGCAGCAUCCAGGAGGCUUGAGAGCAUCUCAUCACAGCGUACCAGAGAUUUCAUGUGUAUCUCCACAAGUCCAGACUUGUUGCGGUCAGCAGGACCAGUUGGAAGGCUUUCAGUUCAGCAAGCCUGGGUUAUAUCGGUACGCUCAGAUGUACAGCAUGGACACCAUCGAGUGCAAGCAUGUAGCUCAAGAACCCCAGUCCCAAUCCCAAUCUCAAUCCCAGUCUGCAGAAUACGUAGAGGUACAAACGGUCAACCAAGAGAAUGUCCUACUCGUCACGCCCCUCUCUAACCCUGAAGGACCAAACCCAGAGCUCUCAGACUUCAGCGGUGAGGACUACAGCAAAGUCCGGGAUGUGACCUCCGAUAACGUCUUGCUACUGCAGAGGGAUCUGAGCGUGUCGCAGUUUGUGGGGGAUUACUGCCAGGAUCAAAUUGGGCAGGUUGACCCUUGUUUCUUGCAGCAGCAACAGCAGGAACAAACCUGUAAACUCAACGCCCAUCUCCAUCACCCCGCUUCCGCGCUACAGGAAGACAUGAGGUUGGCUGGGAAUGGUUAUGUAGAUACAACUAUGAUGAUGUCCUAACCUCAGACAGCUUAAUAGCAACUGUUGGAUUGUUGCUAUAUAGCCCAGAGUACCUUUGGCUGGUCCCCUGGUCCCUUGGACUCUUGGUUCCUUAAACUCUUGGUCCUAGAGUACCGUACCCUAGAGUACAGUCUUGCGCAAUUGAGUGUCAACCAAUAUCACCUCAUGAAGGGCUUGUCUUUAGUGGAUCAGAUGAGUCAUGAGUAUGGAAAAAUAUGUGGGACAGCAGUUCUAGAAGAUCAAUCGAAGGAAGGGUUGGGAAAGACAAAAAACAGGGGGACAAAAUAGGACAUCCUACAACCCAAACCCAGGUUCUGUUUAGCGCAGAGUUGUUUUUUGCCUGGAAGUAACCAGGGAUUUAUCCCUUCACAAGUUGUACCAAGCUUUACCAAGAAGUUCUGUUCUGGUUCCUCUGAAACCUGAUUUGGUGGCACUUGGAUCUCACUCUGAAUCUGACUCUUGAUUUCUUGAUUAUUCACACCAUUGAAUCUCUACUGGGAUUAGUAAGUACAAGAAGUCUUUGUAUGUGAACUGAACCCUUGACACACUCCUUGAUGGUUCAGUGGUGUUCCAUGGUGGUUCAAUUAGGAGCUGAAGAGAUACAUUAAAGCUACAGAAUUAAGCUGCUCAUUUGAGGAACAUCUCAAAAAUUGUGUUUUUGAUGUAGGACAGAAAGUAACUAAGCACCAAGUAGAACCACCUUUGGUACCAUCUGCCUUUUGUUUAUAGGGCAAACCUCUUUGGUAUCAGAUAGAACGCUUCGUAUCUCAUUGAGGUAUGGAUUUAAUCCCUAAAGCCUGGUCUAAAAUUCAUUUUAAAAUUCAAUUGAAGUGAAUUUUUUUUGUUUUGCAUUUAUUAUGGGAAACAUUCUGAGGAUCAAAAAAGGUAGAACUUCACUGUGGCACUUAACCCAGUUUGAACCCAGACAUUAUUAUUGUUCUGAUGCACUGGAUCACUGCCGUAUUAUACUGUAUGCUGUGUAAAUGUAUUGAACACCAAACAAUUAUAGGAUAGGGGACAUAUCUUUUACAUCUAUUCUUAAAUUUCUGCUUUAAUCUGGAUUACAGUCUGGAUUACACUGCACACAAGUGAAAUUACAGCUCACAAUCUAAUGGUCAGUCAUUUCCUUUUAUACCUCUACAGUUAUUCUAUAGUUAAAUCAUAGCACAAUGCACUAUAUUCACCAUGUUAAAUGGUUAAAGAUCUAAGAAUCUAUAGUAUGUAUUCAUAGCAUGGCUACAGUUCAUAUAAUUAACUGAUAUUUUGUAUUACUAUUACUCUUAAUCAAUUCUUCAUCAAAAAAUAGGAGAUGUAGUACUACAAACCCUACAAAGUACAUAUUAAGGACUUAAGUAUAUUUUUUUACAAAUCAGCCAUAACAUUAAAACUGCUGCUAAAUGUUGAGAUGACGAGAUGAACCAAACUGUAAAACUGUGAUGGUGCUAGAUAACAGGGUCAGAGUAUGGUGUUUUCCCAUAAUUCAGUGGUACCUACCAAACAAGCCAGUUCAUGCAGGUUGCCAUCAGCUGCCGGAGCCCCGAGAGAGCACAAUUGGCCUUGCUCUCUUUCCCCUCAUCACUCCUAGGGUGAUGUCGAUUAGCACAAGGCAUCUGCUAACCAGUCUACUCAUAUCUUGUUGCCAUAUAUUGCAAAACAACACCUUCAGAGGUCUUGUGGAGAAGUCCGAGCCCUACCCUCCAAAAAUAACAAAAUCUAAAAUUUCAGCAAGUAAAAGUAUUUCAUUUAUUUGAUUUUUAAUUUUUGUUUUUUUAGUAGAAUUUUAAGUGUAAGAUUAGUCUCAAUUAGAAUUUUCACCUUUUUUUUAACAGUCAAGUAAAGCCAAUUUUAAAAUGUCAAAUCAAGGAUUUUUACUUGGUUUAAGUCUUACUUUAAGGGUUUUAACAUUUUAAGAAUGACCUUAUUUUAGGAAGUCUUAAUUUUAAAAAUGUGUUUUUCAAUUGGCAAUUUUUUAAGCAUAUGCUCAAUUUUUGUGUAUAAAAAAUUUAUUAUUUUAGUUUUUGCCAUUGGAUUUUGUGUAGUAAAUGGACCUACACAAGUUUAAGCACAUGGUUUUAAUGUUAUGACUGAUUGGUUAAUACCGGUUUAUACAGGGUGUCUCAAAAGUAAGGAAACACAAAUAUUAAAGGAAUAAAACAGGUUGGCAGUCGUUGAAUAUAUUUUAGACUAUAGGAAACAUGACCUUACAAGUUUCACCUUUUAAAUCGUUUUAUAUGGGUGUAUCAUUUUAUAUGGGUGUGUCCAUACGUUUAAGACUCUUAACCAAAACAUUUCUUUUUCAAUAUAGAAGAGGAAAAUAUGAUUAACUGUAUAUUUUUUUAAUAAUUUAACCACUGUCUAAUCUCACAACUCUCACAUUCUUUACAGUUGUUGUGCAGCACUAAUGUUAGUGUUUGGACAUGUGCGGACCUGUAGUGCCAUGUUUAAACAGCUCCUAAUGAAUAGGAAAAUAUAUAUAGCUAUAGGAACUGAAUGGUGGGUUUAAGCCGAACACUAGAACUACUUUAGCACUACUGAGUACCCCUGCACCCAAUCCUGUGUCCCAAUCGUAUACUGAACACUACAGUCACUACAAAUACACUCCAAAAAUCAUAGAAAGUAUAUCUUAGCGAGUGAAAUCCUGUGAAAUGUAGUAAAUAUAAGCAAUAUUUCUAACUUUACGUAUGAUUUACAUAAAAUGAUUAGAAUUAUUUCUAAAAAAAAUUGUCCUACAUGAAUGAACGGCUUAGUUUAGGAAAGAACAAAUACAUUCCAUAGGUUAAAUUACUUAAAACAAGGAAAACUACAUUGAAAAUAAGUUAAAUAUUCUUAUUCAAUUCUUAUUACAAUACAGCAAAAUGAGAAAUUUUAGAUAUUUAAGCUUAAAGACCUUAAAGACACUCCAGAAAAGACUUGCAUGUACAUUUUAGCUUAAUAUUCAGUUUAACCCUUUCAGAACUGAUUUAUGUUCCUGUGAUGAAAAAAAAAUAAGAAAAAUGCUGUUUUCUGUCUGUAAUGCACUCCAAAAAUAUAUAUGCAUAUUAUUUGUAUUUUUAUGCUAAUUGUAGUGUAUUCGUAUAUUUAACAUUGGUAUUUUUAUUAAAUUUUAUAACUUUUAUAUAACUUUUUUAUUUCACAAAUCAUCCCUAAGCAGUAAAAAUAACUUAGCAUAACUCGUAAUAUGAAUUUUCUAUUUUGUCCAAUGCAGUGGGCGGGGCUAAGCUGCUCUUUGAUUGGCUGAAAAAUGCCAAUUCUGUUGGACAACAAGGCAGGCCUCAAUCUGUGUUAAAUGCAUAUUAAAUGAAACAGAUGUUGUUCAUUGCAAUGGCCUCAGGCUCUGAAAGGGUUAAGAUCUGCCUCAACCUUUAAAACUAACUUAUAUAGGCUAAUAUAUACUUUAAAAACAGUUCAAUGGAUGGAUGGAAGUAGUGUUUAGUGUACAUUUUGGGUCUAAGAAUGUGAAACAUUCAGGAAAUUGGGAUUAAAAUAUUGUCCUGAAUAAAAAAAAAUUGCCUUGAAGACACGACUCUCAGGUGGAGACUUUGAUGCUCGCUCUGAAUGUAUGUAUAUACUGUAAAUACUGCAGCUAAACUCCUGAGGGAGCACUGAUUGUUGGCACUGUGACAAACAAACCAAGUAAAAUAAAACCUGUGUGAUUUUAUGAA